GGUGGUGGUGGUGGCGGGGCGGCAUUAGGGGACCUGGAGCUGGCCAAUCAGGAGGCCUUCGCUGCCUUUCGCGAACGAAUCAAAGAGGCGGCGGCGAGGUGUGUGGUAGACACGGGCCCUGCGGCCGUGCGGAAUGGGUUGAUGGACGAGCUGGUAGAGGCUGUGGCGGCUACCCAAGGUCCCACAGUGGUGGCGGCAGCGAGGGAGUGGAGGUGCGCGAGGCGGUACGACAGCACUUAUCAGCCUCUUCAUCACCCCUGGCGCACAUCAGCGACUGCUGGGGAUCCAAGUGACACUGCCAACACGCUGGAAGGAGAAGACGGGGGCGGCAAUAACGGCGAUGCGGAUGAAGGCGAUGAUGACGAUGGUUGCGGUAACGAUGUGGUGGCGGACCGUGAUAGGGAUCAGGGCGAUCGCGGCUUUGGCGAGGAGGAGGACGAGCCCGAGGAGGAUGAGGAUCCCGAGGAGGAUGAGGAGAGUGACUCUGAGGGAGAACGUGACUAUUCUGAAUCUGGUGGCAAUGAGGGAGGGGCGGCGGGGGAUGAGGUGCAGGACGGUCACAUGACGGAUGAGGAGAAGCUUCGGAGCUUGGCGGCACAGAUUCGUUUCCUGAUGGGCGGAAGAGAAGGAGGAGGUGGCAGUCGCGGCAGUGAGGGGGAGGAUUUCAACGACGAACACAGUGGUGGCGGUGACGAUGACGGCGACCAAGACGGUGGUGGUUACUGCAGCUCGUCACUGACUGGUGAUGACACCGAAGCCCGCAUCGACAUUGCGCCACAGCCCGGCCUGCACUCAGCAGGGCGCGGUGACACUACCAACACAGGACACCGGCGCUGUAGCAGCGACAGCACCAGCACUAGCAGCGCCACACAUAACCACCACACACAGCAGCCGGUGCCCCUCGGAGCUGGCGGCCUGGCGAUCGCAGCAGUGGACGUGACACAGGCCCAAGCGACGGUCGCUGCGGAUUACGACUUCAUUCUGGGACUGAUCCGGGCUGGUCUGGGGGUGGAGGUGUUCAACCGGGUGCUGCAGGAGCAGCUGAACCUGAGGCUGAGGGAGCGGCUGCUGGUGCAGGCAUGGUCUGAUGGGGAUCACCGGUCCGCCGCUGCACUCCUGGCCGGUGGCGCCCGCUGCCUGUCCCCAGUGCUGGAACUCACCUUUCCGGGGCCGCGUGCCGCCCGGCGCUGCAGCCCCACCCUGGCGGCGGCGCUGCGGUGCAGCGGCGGCGUCCAGGACCUCCGGCUGAGAUGCCGCAACCCGGCCGCGUGGCGGCGGUACCUGGAUGGUGACGUGGUUGCGUUUGUGGUGGCUGAGGCACUGGCGGCGGCGACGCCGGGAAUCAGCAUUGGGCAGCUGCAGGGAUCAGCGGCCAACAGCAACGGUGAUGCUGAUGUCACAGGCGACGGCGCUUCGAACCCAAACGAUGGCUUGGGUUUGGCCUUAAACGCUGGAGGUGGCGGCGGUGGUGGCGUUGACGGCGUGGAGAACGGCAAUUUCUGUGGCAUGGGACUGCGCUCUCUAUCCUGGUGCCUGCCGGUGGGGCCUCUGGGCUGCCGGGCGCUUGGCGAGGCUCUGUGCCUCAACACCCGUCUGACGGACCUGCGGCUGGAGGGCUACUGGUUCCGUGAGGAGACGAUGGAGCCGCUGGUGGCGGCCCUGGCGGCCGGCAACAGGUCCAUUGUGAAGUUCCGGCUGUUCGGCGGCGAGCUGGGACACCGGGGGGCGGAGCGGCUGUGCGACUGGAUUCGGGCCAACCCCGCCCUGGUCCACCUGGAGCUGGUGAACGGCGGCCUCACGGACCUCCAGCUGCCCGCCCUGGUGGCCGCCAUCCUUGCCGCGGGCCGCCUGCAGCACCUCAACCUGCUGCAGAACCUGCUCACCCCCGCCUCGGGCCCCGCACUGGAGGCGCUGCUGGCAGGUACCGCAACACUGCGCUUCCUAAACGUUGGCAACGGGGGUGGUUUGGGUCUUGGGGCUGAGGGCUAUGCAGCCGUGUCCCGAGGGUUGGGGCGGAACCAGAGCCUGGAGGAGCUGCAUUGCCCGGAUGUGGGGCCGGAGGGGCUGCGGGCGCUGCUGCGGGCGUUUCGGGACCCCGCGGCCCGGUGCCGGGGGGUGCUGCGGGAGGUGGGGACGAUGGAGUGGGGUUGGCUAGGCGGCUAGGCGGGGAGGGUGUCGGACCACAGCCUGUGCUCCUCGGCAGGCUGAGAGGGCUUGGGGGUGACCUUAUUAGUACGUACUGGAAUUACGAUGAUAUACAGUACUGUACAACCGGAGGUCGGCUGGAAAGGAAUGGUGCGAAUUAGUGUCAGGCAUUUGCUUUUCGGGGGGGGUGUUGACAGACGUUGCGCUGGCGGGGCUCUGCUGCCCGAGCUAGCGCCGUAAGUGUUAAGCAUCUAACAGCGUUUCCUGUAGCAGAGCGGAUCCACGCGGGGCUCGCAGCUGUCGCAUCUGACGUGAUGUUUUGUUGUCGUCAUUGUUGAGGGCUGAAUUGUGUCAGGUCCCCGCACGCACCGAGCGGGUCUCUUGGUCCAGACUACCGUAUACGGCUGCAGGCAGACGCUUGAAGUGCAAAGGCGGGAGGGAUGAUUCCAAAGCGAGGUGGGUAAUGGCCCCAUGCACGCCGUGACGUGCUCGCCGUGCAUAGCACCCUGUUGACAAUGUAACUGUUUUGCCAGAACCCAUAACUACAUACGGG